AUGCAGCACCAAAACCCGUCUACACCUCAUCAAAACACAGCUCAUGGUUCUGGAAUGUCCAUCCAUGUUUCGCCAGUGGCCUCUCCACCAGCACUGUCGCUUCAAAACCACCGGGAUCAUAACAUCUCGAUCCAACUCAAUGAUAGAAUUGAUCAUCAUCCUCAACAAAAUUCGACUGAGAUUGUGAACAUCGUUGAUGUACACGACAUGAUACAGCCAAUACUACAAAUACAAGCACAAGUCUGUGAACCGCCCAAUGAUCUGUCCCAGGUGAAAGACACUCAAAUGGCCGACGUUCAUGACAUACCACAGCCUGUAUUGCCUCAGGUCUUUGGAUCACUCGGACAUCAGUCUCAAAUCGAUAUAGCCAACAUGCUCGAUAUUCAUGACAUGAUCCAGCCAAUAUUGCCGACCCAGGGCUUCGCUUCUCUCGAGGAUAGCAGCAUGGUGGAUAUACACGACAUGCUUCAACCCAUCCUGCCGACGCAGGCUUGCGAGCCAUUCAACGGGCAGUCCCAAACUAGGACUUCCAACAUGGCAAGGUUCGACGAUAUUGGUCAACCAAUGUUUCCGGCAGAAAAUGUUACCUCUUCAAAUAUGCAACUACAGAAUAUGUUUCCAUCAAUACCACCUGUGGAUAGACAGGCGUCGAUGAUACAUGAUCAUCAGGAUAUGCCAAUGGUAACACAGAGGCAAGAUAUAUUUACUCAUAAUAGCUUGUAUCUACAGCCUGUUUCAGCAGCGUAG